AGCAAAACAAUUUGGCUUCAUUAACCAUGAGUUGGACUAGAAGGAUUGGGCUUUAUUUUUCUUUUAUUGUUGCUAGGCCCAAAAAUGUACAAAUUUCUUAGAAUUAAAUUCUUUUCUUUUUAAAGUACAUUGGUGAUAUUGCGAAGUUAGAUAUUCUUUUGAUUGUGAAUGAAACAUUGACCUUUGCCAUUCCAGAAACUCUUGAAUCGAUCAAGUAAAACGUGAAAAGAAGUUGAAUUCCAUCCCUCUCUCUCAUGCAAUGGGACGCAGAGCUGGCGCUCACACACGCAGCCCACCAAUUGAAACGCUGCUCAACUCCCAACCAACUCCAAUCAUGGUAUGCCUUGUUCCUCAAAACCAACACGCCCAAGAUUGCUUCUUGAUCAAUCAAUUCAUCACCGCUUGCUCCAACCACCGCAUCAUAGAUUCCGCCAUUUUCGCCUUCUCCCAAAUCCGAAACCCCAACGUAUUCGUCUACAACGCCCUCAUCGGAGCCUUCCUCACCUGCUUCCGCCCCCUCCAAGCCCUGCGCCAUUACACCCUCAUGCUCAGGAACGCCGUCCCUCCCACCAGUUACACUUUCCCUCCCGUCAUUAAGAGCUGCAAACUUCUACAAUUCACUGGAGUCGGUCAGUGCCUUCACGCCCAGGUGUUGAGAAAUGGGCUGGGAUCGCACCUUCAUCUUCAGACCACCAUGAUUGAUUUCUACUCUAGUUUGGGCAUGCCUGCUGAAGCCCGAAAACUGUUCGAUGAAAUGCCUGAGAGAGAUGCCUUUGCUUGGUCCACCAUGAUAUCCACCCAUGUCCGUGCUGGAGACUUUGAUUCUGCUAGAAGGGUGUUUGAUGAUAUGCCUUAUAAGAACACCGCCGCUUCAAACACCAUGAUUCACGGAUAUGCGGAAAUUGGGGAUGUGAAUUCUGCUGAGGCUCUGUUUUGUGCAAUGCUUGAAAGGGAUGUGAUUUCUUGGACGACCAUGAUCAAUUGCUACUGCAAAAGGGAGAUGUAUCUGCAAGCCUUGGAGCUUUUUGAAGCGAUGAAGAGCACAGGAACCACACCUGAUAACACGACGAUGGCAACUGUGAUAUCGGCUUGUGCACAUCUUGGGGCUCUAGAUAAAGGGAAGGAGAUGCAUAUGUAUAUAAUGGAGGCAGAGUUUGACGUCGAUGUUUAUAUAGGAUCCGCGUUGAUUGAUAUGUAUGCCAAGUGUGGGGCUAUGGAGAGAGCACUGGUGGUGUUCUUCAAACUGCAGGAGAAGAAUCUCUUCUGCUGGAGCUCGGUGAUUGGUGGGCUUGCAUACAACGGAUAUGCUGAAGAAGCAUUAGCAAUGUUUGACAAAAUGGACAAGGAGAAGAUUGAGCCAACCCAUGUUAUCUUUUUGAGUGUUCUUGCAGCUUGUGCUCACGCUGGACUGGUUGAAGAAGGUAAACAUAGAUUCUCCGUAAUGACUAGCAGAUACGGUAUCCUUCCUGAAAUCGAACACUACGGUUGCAUGGUCGACCUCCUAUCCAGAGUUGGUUUGCUUGAAGAAGCACUAGUCUUGAUAAGCAGCAUGAGAAUGCAGCCGAAUUCUGUUAUUUGGGGCGCUUUGCUAGGCGGCUGUAAGCUUCACAAAAACUUAGACAUUGCUCAAAUUGCUGUAGACAGACUGAUGAUUUUAGAGCCUGGUAAUAGUGGGUAUUACACCCUCUUGGUUAACAUGUAUGCUGAAGCAAAUAGAUGGAAUGAAGUGGCGAGGAUUAGGGGAAUCAUAAAGGUGCGUGGAGUGGAGAAGGCGUUGCCGGGCUCUAGUUGGAUAGAAGUGAGAAAGAAGAUGCAUCAGUUUGCUGCUUCUGAUAGCUAUCAUCCAUCAUCCAAACAGAUAAAUCAAGUCCUAAAUGUGUUAGAUUCCCAGCUUAAGCUCUUGGGAGAUGCGGCUCAGCUCGAUCUCGUCGUGUGAAGUGAAGGAUGCAAACAAGGUUUGAUUUUGAAGAAGUAUAGCAUGAUAGAUGGCACGAGGAAAGGAACGUUGCCCCCACAAUGGAAUGCAUUUCAGCAUGCGUUGGUUUCAACAACCCAAAGCUAAAAAGUGUUUGGGUCGGUGGGACUUCAUUUUUCUUGAUAAUAUUUUCUGUACUACAAGCAACUAUACUGGUGAUGAUGUGUACAGAUUCUUGUAUUUGAGCCCACCCAUUGAAAACAGUGAGGUAGUUAUAAAAUUCAAGAGUGCUUCCUAACGAUUAGAGUUGGGUUCCUUUGCCUAUUAACAAAGAUUGACAAGUUAUGUUACUAAAAAUAACCAGAACUGCAACUAGAUAGUAGUACUCCCUUUUUAUCAAUAAAAGUAUAGUACUAUUUUAUUGUGCUGCUUAUUAGGGAUUUUCCUUGCUUAUCAUAAAUUCUCAGGUGAAAUAUCUCAGGUUUGGGUGUGCUUCCACUUGUGGUCUUGUGGAGACGAACUGAGUAACAAAUUUUCAUGACUAUGUGUUAUUUCUCAUCAUAAUUCAAAGCAGGUGGGGCCUGGUGGGGUUUGUUUUGUUGAAUGGAAAAAGCAGUUAAAAGAGUAAAACAGUGUGUGUAUUAUGAGAUGUCGGAUAGGUGGAUGCCUUUUCAAAUCUGUCUUUGGAUCAUCUCCCCCACGUUCCAGCUAAGCAUAUCACUUCUUUUUGUUCUUUCUUAAUUCUGCUAUGAAUUUUCUUUCAUCUUGUAAUAUUCCAGUUGUUUGUUUUGCAUAAUGGGAUCAUGGAGGUUGAUUGAGUGCAGUGCAUCUUCUCUCCAGGAGGGAAAGAUUGUCCUUUUCUUCUCUUUUUCGCUGACACGUGAAAUCUAUUUUUUCUGAUUGUGCUGUAACUACUGCCGUAGGUAUUUUGUCUGAAAGAAUCUGCCACUGAUAAGGUUUCAUAUAAUUGCUUGUAUGUGAAUCUGCUGAAUUUGGAAGAUCUCUUCAUCUUGAAGGAGAGAGAGUUGUCAGUCUAGAUCUUAUCCACAAAUAAAGGGAUGCUUUUGCAAGAACUGUGCAGGAUUGCGAGCUUCAUCAGAGACUGUCUCUCCCUCACAUCGUUAUCAUCAUCUCCCAGCACAUUGGUAAUUCGGUGGUUGUAUUAGCAUGAGCUGCCGAUGAAGGACGGGACUUUGAUGCCGGUUUUUUUUUGCAAGAUUCACUGUCCAUUCAUCUGCUUCUGCAAACCCUCUGCUGCUCAUCUUUACACUUCAGCUCCACUGAAAUUGGAGGGCUCUCCACACGUGGUUCAUUCGUCUUUUGCUGUUGACAAGUCGCCUUCUGUGGUUGAAGAAGGGUCGGUAAAUGGCAAUAAAAAUUCUGAGACUAUGCUCAAGAGCUGCAUUCGGGAGCCCCAACGCAAAGAGGCUGGGAAGAAAAGAGUAGAGUGGAAGGACAAUACAGGGAAACAACUCGCUGAGAUCAAGGAGUUCGAAUCCAGCGAAACAGGAGAUACUCUCAGUGAAGAGGAUAGCAGCCGCUGCCAUUGUGCCAUUCUCUGAUGUAGCUCUCUAUUGACUUGCCUGCUGUCGCGAUUGUAGAGGAAGACGAGGGUCUAAUUAUUCUUAGAUCUGUGGUUUGAGGUCCAAACCUGCAUUCAAUCUCUCUAAUGAGAGUGGGGAUGGCUUCUGCUACUCUUUAAUCGUCCUCCUUUCUUUGCACAACAAAGAAAUGCAUGCAUCAAGUUUCUGGAAACAGCAGUCUAGAGUGACGGUGGCGCAUCUCUUCUGGAAGAGAGGUAUGCCGAUAACCUGGAAGCUGUUGGUGGGAAGCUGCUACUGUUUAUUAGAGGGAGCUUUGUGUCAUGCUUUUUUUGCUCAAGGAUUGAGUAGCAUUUUCUUGAUUCCACUGUGAGUUUUCUAUUGUGAUUAGUUGUAAUAUACAGAAUGAAGGGAACUGGCAAGAUAGGAUUAAAUUACAAUGCUAAAUCCAUGAAACUAUAAGAAGGUUAGUAUUUCCUACUACAAUAGGUAAUGCACUUUAUCUUCAACUCCAAAUUAA